UAAUCUGAGCCGGCUGUGUUAAAUUCCGGAGACACCGCGCUUUAUCCGGGCCAACAUUCACCGUUGAUUUACCUCCUCCUAGGAUCCCUGUGGGGCCAGGCCUAGGGGGCCGCUGGGCGGCGGGACCCACCUUUUUUGCACAAUAAAUGGGAUGAGAGCUUGAGCUCCCACCUCAGAUUCAGGCACGAGAGAGAGAGAGAGAGAGAGAGAGAGAGAGAGAGAUGGGGAAGAAGAAGCAUGUCUUGAGUUCGCUCUUCUUCAAGCUCAGGGAUUCCUCGUCGGAGCGUUUUCCUCCCUCUCCUCCUCCUCCUUCUUCUUCCUGGUACUGGCAUUUUUGCAAACACCCCAAGGCCGACUCGUUCCGGUUCUACCUCAACGACGACUCCGGUAUCACCUGCUCCUCCUCCUCCGACACCGCGGAGGAGGAGGAGGACCCCGCGGUGGUGCGGCGGCGGCGCUCGGACCGGCUCUUCUUUGACCCGGGCGGCGACACGAGCUCGAUCAUGGAGGAGGCGAAGGACUCGGCGGCGGUGGCGGUGGUGGAAGAAGAAAAGGAGUCGCCUUUCGAGGACAGCGUGGCAGUAGCGGUGGAGUCGCGGAACCCGUACGGCGACUUCCGGCGGUCGAUGGAGGAAGUGGUGGCGGCGCAGGGGCUCGGCGCCGGUGACUGGGAGAGGCUGGAGGAGCUGCUGGCCUGGUACCUGAGCGUGAACGGAAGGAAUACGCACGGCUUCAUAGUCGGCGCCUUCCUGGAUUUGCUCGCGGCCAUGGCUUCUUCCGCUUCCUCUGCUUCUGCUUCUUCUCCAUUCUCUUCUUCUUCCUCCUCCUCCUCCGCUUCCAAUUCCUUCAAGAUCGAAGAACUAAGAGAGGAGGAAGCCAGUGAUCAGCUGCCACAAGAACUACCAACACCCUCCAAAUCUCUGAGCAGCUAAUCGCUGCAUCUGUGAAUAUUGCUAGAUUUUAUUGUAUUUUAUUUCAAUCGCACUGAGAUUUCAGACG